CACACAGGUGAGCGCCCCAUUGUUGUCCACUCUGCAACUGGGGCUUCAGCCAGUUAGGAAAUCAGUGGUGGCACAUGAAGAUCCUCUCAUGAAAGAGGAUUUUUUUCUCAUUGGACCAAGAGGGCAUGGAGUCCUCUGCCAUGGAUGGUAGUCUGGCUGAAAUUCUGGCCCCUCUGAGGUCAGAGUUGGACAGGUUUUUUUAAUGCAGAGGGUGAAGGGUCCUCUCCCGCUGUGCUUGUAACGAGCAUUGAAACAGGUGGAAAUUCUGCACGAGAAGAGCAACCUGAGGUAGGGACACGCAGUGGUGUACACCAAUGUCCCAAGUGCAGUCGUCAGUUCACUUGCAAGUCCAACUUCAACCGUCACUGGAAGGUCCACUCAGGACAGAGGCCCUACAGCUGUCUAGUGUGUGGUCGCAAAUUCAACCAGGAGUCCAACUGCCAGAGGCAUCAGCAAUUACAUAUGCACCCAAGAAGAUCGAAAAAGGGAAGGUCUGGGAGGAAGAAAAGUGGGCAUUCCAGGACAAAGAUGUCCCUGGGUCAGGAUGAUAAGGCAAGGGAGACUUCAGAAGAUGGCAGCCAGCUUUUAGUAGUAAAUCAAACAGAAGGCGAACUUGGUGACGAUAAAAAUCUUAGGGAAGCCUUCAGAGAAGCAGAAUCUUUGUGCAAACUCAGUUUGGAGAAACUGAACAUGGGAAGAGAGGAAACCAAAGGAGGAGGUAGAGUAGCGGAAGAGGGGAAUGAAAAGCCACAGAUGCCUGCUGUAGAUGUGUCAGCAGGGGUCAGGAGUGAGGUAGAGGUGAGUUAUGAGGUGGAGGUGCCCCACAGGGGAGAAAUGGAGGCCAGCCUGAAAGAGCAUGAGCCUCAGGGGCUAACCAUCAUGUGCCCUCUGUGCGGACUGAUUGUUGGCACUUUGUCCAGUUUGGACCAACACAUUAAGGCCCAACAUCCGAACGAGGCCAUCGCCGAUCAAAAUAGAAAAGCAAUAGGUGUGUCUGGUUCAGACACCCAGUGUCUUCAGUGCGGACGCAGUUUCUCCUCGAAGUCCAAUCUGAAGAAGCACAUGUUGAUACAUUCGGGGGUACGACCCUAUAGCUGCCCUGAUUGUGGCAGGACCUUCAACCAAUCGGGCAACGUCUUGAGGCAUCAGCGCACUUGUCACCAAGUCCACUCUGCCCUCAGCAACAAGGGAGAGGCAGCAAAGACAAGCCAGCGGAAGAAAAGGUCUAGGAGAGGGAGUGGAAAGGAGAGCACAGAUCCUGAGGAGCAGGGCAACACACCUGCUGCCCAACCUGCUGUUCACGUCCAGUUCCUGUGCUACGUAUGUGGCCAUGGUUUUCUCUCCCAGGAUAGUCUGGAGGUCCACGAACAGAGCCACAGAAGGGAGCUGCCCUACCGCUGCUCCCACUGCGGCAGAGGCUUUGCCCACGUGCAGAACUUUUCCCGCCAUCUGCUGGUGCACACUGGCGAGAGGCCCUGGCACUGUAGAGACUGCGGGCUUCGCUUCAACCAGGCCUCCAAUCUCAACCGGCACUGCCGCACCAAGGGCCACCAGGGUGCCACUACUGAGCAUACUGGGGUUUGGCACAAAAGUAAAAGAAUGGGGAGACGAGGCAGAAUCCACAAACUAAAUACGAAUGUAAAGGAGGUAAAGGUGGUAAAGAAGGUAAAGAAUGUAAAGAGGGUAAAAAAAAAGUAAGGAGAAAAGAAGGGGGGGGUGAAGUUGUAUUCUGUCCAUAUUGGAUCAAUUAGGAGUACUGACAUCUUAACUUGGGUUCUCUUGCUUUUCAAAAUCAUCUCAGUUUAAUGUUCUGUUACAUUUUUGAGUUUAUGCAACAUGCUUAUACAACACAAGCACCCCCCCCCCCCCCCGCACAUAUGAUCAUUUUUAUUUCUACCAAUAAAACGUUUUACAAAAUCA